UCUGCCGCCGCGACUGUUUCAAAGAUUCCUAUAAUUUUAAGACACGCUAUGAAAUCUUUCUAUAAAUAGAUAUGAUUUCUCAUCAUCAAUUGCAUCACUCAAAUUCAUAGCAACUUAAUACAUCUCUUACUAUAUUCAAUCAAAAAAUUGAAAUGGCGAAACAAUUCUCUCUCUUAUUGAGCACAGUAGCUCUUAGUUUAUGCUGCAUUGCAUUUGCCUUCGAGCCUAGCCCGUUACAAGAUUUCUGUGUUGCAGAUGCGUCUACCUCAGCAAGAGUGAAUGGUCUGGCAUGCAAGACCACUGCAUCGGUCCAAGCUAGUGACUUCUUGUUCAGUGGGCUCCACAUGCCAGCCGACACAAAGAACCCCUUUGGUGCCACGGUCACCCCAGUGACCGUGACCCAACUGCCUGGGCUCAACACCCUAGGCAUUGCACUGGCCCGGAUCGAUUAUGCUCCCAAGGGGGUCAUCGUCCCCCACUCCCACCCGAGGGCCUCUGAGAUCAUCACGGUCCUCGAGGGCUCUUUGGAAGUCGGGUUUGUGACCUCAAACCCUGAAAAUAGGCACAUCACUAAGACCCUCCACAAGGGUGAUGUGUUUGUAUUCCCAAUUGGGUUAUUGCAUUACCAGAGGAAUGUUGGAGAUGGAUAUGCAGUUUCUAUUUCUGGAUUGAGCAGCCAAAAUCCCGGUGUUAUAACUGCCACAAAUGCUAUUUUUGGAUCCAAACCAGAUAUCACUAGUGAUAUUCUUGCUAAGUCUUUUCAGGUUGAUCAGAGCAUUGUUGAAAAUCUUCAAGGAAAGUUCUAGAAGGAAAAUCUUUGAAUUUUAUAUCUUUUGAUCAUGAUCAAAGCAUUGUGAUUUAGUGUUUCUUUAUUUGUCAAAUUAGCUCAACGUUGGAGUUUGAAUGUCAUCUUUAAUUUGUGCCUUUUUUUAUUUCAAUUUUCAAUUUUAUUGUGUAGAGUGAUAUGUUUUAUUGCAAAAUGAUGAAGGAAUGUCUUGUGUGAUUUGUUCGAGACUUUAUGAAUUGUUA